CCUCCCUGCCCUAGAGAAAUUUGAUCCUAGGAGUUAGUUCCACCCACUCAGUAUCCUGCCAAUUUCUAACUUGUCUGAGCAGGAAAAAGAAACUUAAGAGAAACCAAAACUGCAGAGGAGACCUGGUCAGAGAAGAGCCUAGUAUCCAGACCAAGGCCUGUUCUGCAUCAGCACCAUGAGCCACACAACCCAGACCUUCUUCACCCACACCAAUGUUGGCCUCCCCCCAAACUAUGAAAAGAUGCAGGAAGAGCACGAGGUGGCUGUGCUGGGGGGUACCCACAGCCCUGUUCCGGCAAACUCCACAGUGAUCAACAUCCGCGGUGACACCGUUGUACCUGACCAUGUGGUCUGGUCCCUCUUCAACACGAUCUUCAUGAACACGUGCUGCCUGGGCUUCAUAGCCUUCGCCUACUCCAUAAAGUCCAGAGACAGGAAGAUGGUGGGCGAUGUGAUUGGAGCCCAGAGCUACGCCUCCACGGCCAAGUGCCUGAACAUCUGCGCCCUGGUCUUAAGCAUCGCUUUGACCGUCAGCCUCAUUGCUGUGUUUACCUUCACCUCGGUGCACUUGUUCCAGAUGACGCAUGAUCCUCCGGGCCACUAGUCCUGAAGUUUCCUUCCCUCCACAGCCAGGUCCGACCCUGGACUGGGCCCUGCCCUGUACCCCACACCCUCAGCAGCUGUCCACAAUUGGGAGAAAUAAAGUGUGUGUUUCCA